CUUUCAUUUGGGAAUGGUUUUUCCUGCUUCUGCCCGGUCUGGACGUCGCCGCCGAGGUCGUUCUCCUGGGAUUCAGGCGGCCGUUACUGCGCGUGUGCGCCGUGCCGGCAUGCGUCUUCCUGCCGCGGACUGUUCGUCGGUGACGGCAGACGCUGUUGUGUGUGGUCAGUUGCCUGUGGUUCGUUCAGGGCGGCGUGCCCGCUCUGUGGCUCGCCGGCCGCUUCGUUCUUGCCUGCCUGGUGGCCAACGUUUGGACUCGGAUCGGUUUCUUAGUGAAGAUCUUGAUAGCCGCCGUCGAGAGAUUUCAUUAGGGAAGCGGCCUGUUGAUUGCACUGUUGGUUCGACCAUUAUUGCUGGUUCUUCUUCUGCAUCUGAUGGCUUUGAGUCUGCUGCUCGGCAAUCCAUUGCGCGAACUGUGUAAGCGAUGGAGAAUCAAGGAAAGUGCAGUAGUGCUCCCUCGGGACCCCGUUUUACAGCAAGUCAUCAUUUUUCCUUCCUGCUUCAUCAAACAAAGAGGUUGUUCUUCAAGUAUUGCUCUACUCUUAUCUUAUAGGAUUUUGUUUCUUCAGAUGUGGAGAUGGCUAGGAGAUUUGAAUAUUUGAAUAAGAUGGAAGACAUAACGAUGUCUCUUGGGCAACCAAAGUUAGUGACUAUUCCAGGUCUCAGUUUGGGACUAACUUAUGUUUCGCCGAUGGCGGAUGGUAGUUGGAAAAUUAUAGAAGAGAAAGAAAAAUUUCUCGAAGAAUGUCCUGAGCAAUGGAAGAUAUGGCGAGAAGAGACUAAUGAAUGGAAGGUAUGGCAAGAAGAGCAAGAAUCCUUGAAAGCAGCAGAUGAGGCAUCCUUGUUGGCAGAGGAACAAGCUCGAUGGAAAGCAUGGCAGAAAGACCAAGAUUACGUAGAAUUAGCAGAUGGAGCUUUCUUGGUAGCAGACGAACAAGCUCAAUGGGAGGCAUGGAAGGAGGACGAAAAUUGUGUGCAGGUUUUGAAAAGGCGACGUACUAGCAACCCAGGUGGUAGGAUGUAUAUUCAAGGGAUUUUCUAUUUUUAACUUCAUCUUUCAGCAGUAACAAGACAU